AUACACGAGGAUUAUCUCAAUAUGUUUGAGGUCACAGAAGGCAAGCUGAUCGAGGUAACGGAUGAAAAUUGUGAGAAGAUUGAAAGGUUCUUGAAAAAGUAUCGAUCCUAUUCAUUCUACGAGGGAUAUAAUUUGAAGAUAUUGAAAUUGCUGGAGUCGACUCAAAUCAGGAUGGAUCCCAAUAGACAAAACGAUCGCCAAUUGAGAUAUCAGAUGAGACAUCGGAGGAUGUUACAAAGAUUGAGAAGAAGGUAUCAGAGAUUAUCUCAUAAAUUGGAGAUAAAAGCACAUGUUGGAUUACGAGAGCUUCAUGAGUAUGAAUAUGAUUUGGGAGUUAUGCAAAUGAUGUUGCAAGCAUUGCAGAAGGAGUUACAAGAUUUUGAGGAUACAUUG